GAUUUCCUGGUGAAUUUGUGACGCGGGAGUUUGUUUAUCAACCUGAGUGAAGUGGAACAGCAAAGCUCCUCUAAACAUGCGUGUGUUUGUCAUAUAUUAUCUAUAAAAGUGUCUUAUUUUUUCCCCUACUCCUGAGUUUAUGAGAGUUUCCUCGUUUUUCGCCGUGGUGCGACGUUUUUGUUCCGCGAUUUUGUUGAAUUUAUUCCCACGAAAAUGUCAGUUGACCAGGACGAAACGCUUCAGAGGUUAAAGGCUGCAGUGCACUUCACUGUGGGUCGCCUGUGUCAGCAGCUGGGCGAAGACCAUGGAAGAGGCUUCAGCCGACAAGUCAUCGCAGCCAUAGCUGAGACAACAUUCAGACAGUGUGAUGUAUUUGCCAAGGACCUGGAGGCCUUUGCAAGGCAUGCUAAAAGAAGCACAGUGACUGCAGAGGACGUAAAGCUCGUAGCCCGUCGCAGCUCUGCGUUGUCUGUCUACAUACAAAAUAAAAGUGAAGAACUGAACCAGGAGCAGAAAAAGAAGAGUUCUGGAAAGAGGAAGAGCAGAGACACCGAGGAGGAAAGCAGAGAAUAAGGACAGGACACAAGACAGGCCUGCAGUGUCUCACUUGUACCCAACAUUUAAAUAAACAUGUAGCCUUGCUAAUACAAGACAGUAGGUUCAGUGUCACCAAACUGACAAGUCAUUCUUUAAUAGUCGUUUCAGGCGUCCACAGCAGUACUUCCAUGUUUCUUAUUCCAAUUUCUUAAUAAGUUAUAAAUGUGAUAAGGCCCUGCCAAUGCACUACAGAUUACAUAUCUUUGUUUGACAGAUUGAUGAAGCUAUAAACAAUACUGUAAUGUAAUAAAAGCCUUGCCAAGUGGACACAAACAUC